AUGGCAUUCCAGAUAAACAACCGUGCGUUUACGCGACAACGACAACCGCCAACAUGGGUUCGAUCAACUGAACGCUUCUUAUUUUUUUUUGGGAAUAUAACCCCAUUGACGCCUUCAUCAAUCGCGUCAAUUAUCGACCACCUAAUCUGCUACGGGGCUAUUGCCAAUUACGACCUUUUGUAUUUUACAAUGGGGCGCGUAUCUACAGCCGUCCUUCUAGCAAGCUUCGUCGGGUAUGCCUUGGCUGGCAUCCACCAUCCUGCGCAUGGCCAUCGCCACCACCAUCGCCACUUGAUGCCGCCUAUGGAAGACUUGGAGCUGCGAAAUUUGCCUGGCGAUAAUGUGAAUAACGCUCCAGAUUAUUUUGUGGUGGAAUCCAUUACACUCACAACCACGACAACCGUUUUUGGAAACUGCGCGCCAACCAAUCCUGUUCACUCCACCCUUACGCUUGUCAAGCAUAAGCCUGAGCCUACGACAUGUUCGCAUAAUCAUGAUGUGUACAACCUCGCGCGUCCCGAGGCAUAUGAAGACCAUUGGUAUCAACAUGACCCGCAGCCCGAGCCUAUUCUCACUGCGUCGACAAAUAUAAAGCCCGCUCAACCUCAAUUCACUCGACCCAAGCCCGCGGCUCCCGUGCCAACAGAGCUGGAGGAAAUUACUACCAUCUUAAAGACACAAACAAUCACCAAAACUGCAACAAAUACCGUAAAGGUGACUGUCUACCCAGAUGUCAGCCCUGUCCCACUUGCAAAUACACUCCCCGGGAAUCCCUCAAAAGCAGAAAAAGCUGCGGCCCUUGCCGACACGCUACCAAAGGGCUCUUUAGAAGAAGAGAAAGCCGUCCCAGUCAAACGCCCUCCUCCACCACCUCACAAAAACGACGGCGGACCAAUCGACGCUGUCCUCGAUCUGCCGAAUGAAGUCCUCCCUGAUAUCCCUGUAGUCAACGAGAUCCUCCCAGGGCCAAAGCCACACAAGCCCAGCCCAGUGGACUGGACGGCAACACCGCCUAAGGGCCAAUUCUCAACAGACGGAUUCGGAGGACGUACUCCGCCAAAAGGAAAAGGCGCGGAGAUCCUCUACCAGGGCAAUGUUGGAAAGCCCUGGGGGAGCAAUAUCAUCAAUGUCAGUCCUGCCGACGCACACGGCUACAGAUACGUGGCACAGUUCACGGGUUCAAACGAUGUGCCCUGGACGGUGGUUGUCUGGAACAAGAUCGGGCCUGACGGCAGACUGACCGGGUGGUAUGGCCACUCUGCUCUGACAUUCACUCUUGCUCCUGGCGAGACUCAUUAUGUUGCUUUUGAUGAGGACUCCCAAGGUGCAUGGGGUGCUGCGCCUGGUGAUCAUCUACCUACGGAUCAGUGGGGCGGAUACUCGUGUACGUGGGGCGAGUUUGGGUUUGGUGAUGGGGAGAAUAAUGGCUGGUCAGGAUGGGAUGUUUCGGCUAUUCAGGCGCAGAUUGCGAAUCAUUCUGUUCAGGGGAUGUCUAUCUGUCAGGCUAAUGGGAAGGGAUGCUCUAUUAUCACGCCAGGUGCUAAAAAGGUCGUUGAUGCUUAUGUCAAGUCAAAGAAACAUUUGGAUGGUAUUGGUGGUGCGGCGUCCCCUGGUCCUGUGCGGUUAAAGGUAGUGCUUGAUUAUCGGGGAUGA